CCGGUGCACUGUGUGCAGCUUCGGUUGCUAAGGAACCACGGAACGCAGGUGGCAUAAAAAUGACGGUGGCACAGUGAGAAAGCUGGUCAGUCUGGCUGGUUGAGGUGUGGAGGGGACACCACAAACCACGCCAGGAUUCUGACUAAUACAAUUUCCACUGCCCUCAGUAAAUCUCCUCAUCAUCUCCAUGUCUGUCCCCGGACUGUAGCUACAAAUAUGGUGACGCUUAUCACAGAGCAGCUCCGUAAGCAAAGUUUGGAAGAGCCUUACUACAAGGCUUUCUCAUUCAAUAUAAAUGCGUCUUUACCUGCAGUGGGCUCCAGUCCCACUGUCUCAUGGAGUGCUUGUAGAUCAACACAAGAGACCAGCUCAGCUACACACCCGUCAUCCAAAGCCAACCUUCUGGAUGAUUCCUGUGGAUUGGACUUCCUGUGGCCUCCUUCCCACUCUGGAGAACCUCUCCAGAGACCAGAGGUUUCUUUUACAAACAAGGCUUUCCAAAGCUCACCUCCACCCCCACCGCCGAAACGCCACUGCCGGUCCCUCUCUGUUCCAGAGGACCUGUCUCAGUGUCGCUCCACCUGGCAUCCCAGUGCAUCCAAGGUUUGGACCCCAGUCAAACGUGGCUGCCAAAGUGGAGGAGCAUCUAGUUCAAGCUCUGGAGCCAGCUCUCUGCCACUUUGUGGGCCCAGUUCUUCUUUUACCUCCUCCUCCCUAAAUUCAUCUUCUAGCCCUACCUUCUUUAGCUUAGCACUGUCCUCUGACUCCCCACUACCAUGGAGCUUCUCAUGGGAUCCCUGUGACAAACUGAAAGGAGCCUGUUCUGCCUCCUUCGCUACUCCUUCCUCCUGCUCCUCCUCACCGGCCCCCCUGGUUUCUCAUUCAGUGCUGCAGCGCCGCUUCUCCCUCUCCCCUGUGCACAUUCAGGAUGCCUCUGUGGUGCUCCUGCCCCCCCAGCCCUCCCCUUCUUCUGCUCUGACAUAUGGCUGUUCUGGCAUGGAACACCCAGCCCUGUCUCCGUCUCCCACUUCAGCCUGCAGCACACCAUCCUCUUCUAGACGCGACCUGCACCCAGCGCUGCCACGAUGCCACUCACAGCCCUGCGACAUGCGCAAGCCUCGCUUGAAGAGGCGCCAUGACCCGGAUGUUCUGCCCUGCCCCAGGCCGGGCCUUGACUUCAGUAAGAUGACACAGGUGAGCAAGAAAGUCCAAUGGACUGUUAAGAUUGGUAAUCACGAGAGCCUAGUGUGUGCUACAGGUGGCUGCAUCGUUCCAGCGUCAUCCCAGGCAGAGCAGCGCUCAGCCUUCUCCCCUGCCGAGUUCCUGGGACGAGUCAGCAUCGGGCCACUGAGUGAAAGUGAAGAGGAGGAGGAGGAGGAGGAGGAGGAGGAGGAGGAGGAGGAGGAGGAAGAGGAUAAAAGAAAAAGGACUGCAAUCGAUGGAGGGCAAAAGAUUGUUUUUGAAAGAGACUGUACAGAACUGGACUUGACCCUUAUAGAAGAGAACUGACCACUCCUUGACGCUCAGAGUGUGAUUACUGCAUUCAUUACUGUGUUAAGCACACCUGUAGGCUUUGUACGCUCGUCUGGCAGAGUCCUUGGGAACCUGCUGCCCUCCUAAGGCACAUGUCCAGAGGUCAUAAUCAAGAACCAAGCAAUUAUAAGCUAAUAUCAAAUUACAAUUUUAUGACUGUAACACUUGAGCUAGUUCACUAUUCAACAUUUCACAAAACUGUCACAGUGCCUGCCUAUUCAACACUCCAUAGGGAAAUGUGCAUGAGCAAAUAUGCUAGUUUUCAUGCACACUGAAUUUUGGCUAAAUUUUCAUAUUGAUACGAGUCUUAAUUUGCGUUCACCACUGGUAUGCAUCUUGAUACCCUUACAUAUCAUCAUCAAAGAACGCUGUGUAGUGGAGUAAGCAGAACGUGCUUAAUAUUUCCUCACAAGUGUUAAUGGCAAAGAGGCAAGCAUUCCUCAUUGCCCCAUCAGAUACUGGUGUAGUCUACUAUUAUAUUUAGGUCCCUGAAUUUGGACAUGACCAUAUGUGAGCUGUUAAAGGUGCACACAGUUCAGAUAAUUUUCGAGUAGCCCAAACAACAUGAUACUGAUCUCUAUAUAAAUGCUCUCCUGUGUAUUUAACGGGAUACAUUCCAGGAUUUCACUGCUGCUCCUUAAACCCCUCACAGACUACAGACACGUUUACUUUCACUGCUGUUCUGUCAUUGAUUUAGCUUGUCCUUUUCAGAGUAACUCCACAUCAUCAAAGGGAUUUUUUUUCUUGUUAAAGCAGAAAGGACAGCCCCCCCCCCCCCCC